AUGUCGAAUAUCAGAGAUGCAGAUUUACAUAAUUCCAUCUCUCUGCGGCCGCACCCUUUUCAUGUGCACCCCGAGCGCUCUGAUCGCGCGUCGCAUAGCAAUACCUCCGAUCACACGAGCCACGAUGUCCACCACGAGUCCAAGCGUCCGGCCGUCAGCUCUGCGGUUGCACAGAUCAAGCGCGACGGCGAAAACGAUCCGGCUGUCCAUGCGAGACCUGGGUACCAUCGCGAUAGCAGCGACAGCGAGCGAGACGAUGUUGAGCGACAGGGAAGCCUCCCAGGCUACGGAACUGAAAAUGACCCCUACAAGCUGCGCAACGGCCUGAAAGACCUGGAUCAGGAGAAGGAGCGAGUGAAAGCCAAUACCAAGGCGAAACGUGCUGGCGGAUGCCGUCCGAUCGCGAAGGGAAAAGACACUGUCAAGACACACAGGUUGAUCAAGUUCUACGAAAGCCAAAAUGAGAACAUCGAGCGGCUAUUGAAGCCCGUGGACGACCACGUGCGUGAAGCAAAAGAAGAGCAAGGCUCUGAUGCUCUGCAGUAUAAGAUUGCUGUCCAGGGCAGCUUCAUUGCCAAUAUCAUCUUGGCCAUCCUACAGGUCUACGGCGCGGUCUCUUCUGGUAGUUUGUCAUUGUUUACGACCAUGGCCGAUGCCAUCUUUGACCCGUGCAGGUAAGUUGCUGGGUCCUGUGGAGUGUCACAGGUGACGGUAUAUGCUGAGACUCGUUUCUAGCAACCUUACCCUUAUCCUCUGCAAUCGCGCGGUCAAUCGUGUAGAUCCUCGCCGUUUCCCGUCAGGCAAAGGCAGGCUGGAGACGGCCGGAAACAUCACAUUCUGCUUUCUGAUGACGGCUGUAUCCUUCAUCCUGAUUGUGGAGUCCAUUCGCGAACUCGCGGCGAAGUCAGACGACUCGAAGUUUCACAUACCUUCUGUCAUUGCCGUUGGAAUUGCCUUUGCUACCAAGUUGGGCUUGUUCUUCUACUGCUGGGCUCUCCGAAACAAGUACAGCCAGAUCCGCAUCCUCUGGGAAGAUCACCGAAACGAUCUAUUCAUCAAUGGUUUCGGUUUGAUGACCAGUGUGCUGGGCAGCAAAGUAGCGUAAGUCUUGCGCGCUAUGUCUUCGACUCAUGGAGAUACUAACUACAGGUUAGCUGGUUCAUCGAUCCGAUGGGUGCCAUUCUGUUAUCCGUCCUGAUCUCCUUCCUCUGGCUUAGAACGGCAUACCAGGAGUUCCAACUCCUGAUCGGUGUCUCUGCGGACACAGCAUUCCUACAACACGUUACUUAUAUUUCCAUGACACACGAUGCCAGGAUCCAACAGCUUGACACGGUGCGCGCAUGGCACUCAGGACCACGUAUCAUUGUCGAGGUGGACAUCGUCAUGGACAAGAGCCUCUCGCUCGGUGACACUCACGACGUCGCGGAAGACCUGCAGACAAAGCUCGAAAGUCUGCCAGAUGUCGAGCGGGCCUACGUGCACGUCGACUACGAGACGGAUCACGCACCGGAGCAUUUCUUGAAGAAGGAGUUGUAA